AUGGAUUGCAAGAGCUUCAUAGCAGGGAAUUUGGAUCCAGAGAGGAAAAGGAGUGGUGGGUUGAGAACAAAACAGGCAGGGCGUGGGUCUUGCAGAGGAAAUACAUACAAGAAUAUUCAUAUAUUCUGCUCUUCGUUGGUUCAAAUUGCUAUGGGGUACUUAUUCAAAGAGGCAUUGAAGACUCUUUGUGGAGUCAAUCAAUGGUCUUAUGCUGUUUUCUGGAAGAUUGGUUUACAAAACCCGAAGCUUUUAAUUUGGGAAGAAUGUUAUUAUGAACCUAUAUCAUGUUCUAGUCUACCCGGGAUUGAGAAUCCUGAAAUUUGUCUUGAAAAUUAUGAUGCUUCCUGGGCUUCAGCUGAAACUCGUAAUUUACAGCCCGGGGCUCAAGCAGGGAACAAAGUGCACAUGCUUGUGAACAGAAUGAUGAUGGACAAUUAUGUUAAUGUUGUUGGAGAAGGACUAAUCGGAAGGGCUGCAUUUACUGGAAAUCAUCAGUGGAUUCUUUCUGAGAGCUUUACUGGAGAAGCACAUCCAACAGAGGUUGUAAAAGAAGCGUGUCAACAAUUUUCAGCUGGAAUGCAGACAAUUGCAGUUGUUCCUGUUCUUCCCCAUGGUGUUGUUCAGCUUGGUUCACACUUGGCAAUAGUGGAAAAUGUGGAAUUUGUGAAUGAUGUGAAGAACUUGGUUCGUCAGCUGGGAUAUCUACCCGGUGUCUUGCUAUCCGACAACUAUGCGGCAAAACAUGACGGUUGCAACUACUUUGAAAAUCCCAGUCAGACUUCUAUGUUCGCUAGUCAAACAUCUUGGUCUUCAGUAAGCCAUCAGUCAAAUGUUGGAGAAUUUCAAGCAUCAAACUCAAUAAUGAGUCAUGUUAAGCCUGAUGAUGUCCACAAUGAAGCAAAAAUUGCUUCGUCAAUGAAUUUGAACUUUACUUCCACAAACCCGUUAGUGAAUGGAGGGACAAAAGCCGAAGUUAUUCCCUCAUGUUCGGAAAUAAGCCAACAGGCUUCUCUGUACAUCCCAACUUCGAGAUUAGAUGAACAUUCUAGCAGUACAUCUACAUUAAAUAGUGGCAGCUUAAGAUGGCCAGAACCACAAAUCUUACCAGAUGCUGGUGUGGAAGGCCAUUUUAGCUGCCCAAACGUUUCCAAUGGCAUUCUCACAUCUUCAUUGAGAACAAAAUCAGGCCAGUUUUCUAGUUCUCACGAAGAUUCUGGUGCUAUAGCUUACAUGGAUCCAACUUCAAGUGGGCUUCUGAAUGCUGAUUCGUCCAAAAUGGAGGCAUCUUUUUCUGAUUCUGUUGACAAUUUGACCAUGAAUCACUUGCUUUCAGAUAUCUCUGCAGUCAAGCAUCAGUCUUCGGAUAUAUUGAAAAAUUCCGCAUGUGAAGAUGGACAUGUCCAACCUCUAUCAGGAGACGACUUGUUUGACAUUUUGGGCAUUGAUUUUAAGAAUAAAUUACUUAAUAGUUGUUCGAGCAAUGGUUUGAACAAUGGAUCAGACUGGAACAAACAUAAUUCGGAUAAGAAUUAUUCUCCGUCCAUAAAAAGUGAGGACGCUGCUUCCGAAAUAUAUAUUAUUGGUCAAGGGAACUCGGAUAGUGGCAAUUCCUACGUGACUGACGGUGACCAUCUCUUAGAUGCCAUUGUCUCUGGGGUUCACUCUUAUACUAAGCACGGCUUAGACGACAAUGUUUCUUGUAAGACAAUGUUGUCAAAUACGACUUGCUCAUCUGCACCUGAUGUUUCACUUCCUUAUGGCCGGGUUGGGGCGUCAGAUCAAAUGAAGGGAGAGUUAUUUGGUGUUCCGAAAUAUUUGGCAAAAGCAGGAACAGUGAGUUCUUGCUCCUUUGUCUCUGGACCUUCCAAGAAUGACUUGGGAACCUAUUCCCAAAGAAGUUCUAUUUAUGAAUCACAAAUAAGUUCAUGGGUCAAAAAGUUUCAUGAUGUGAAGCAAACGAACAGUGUGUCUACCGGUUAUUCUAAGAAAUGUGAUGAAGUCAGCAAAGCAAAGCGGAAGAGGCUUAAACCAGGUGAAAAUCCAAGACCCCGGCCAAAAGAUCGCCAAAUGAUCCAAGACCGUGUCAAGGAAUUGAGGGAAAUCGUGCCAAAUGGGUCAAAGUGUAGCAUUGAUUCUCUUCUGGAGCGCACUAUCAAGCAUAUGACAUUCAUGCAAAGUGUCACAAAGCAUGCAGAUAAGCUAAAACAAACAGGAGAAUCGAAGAUUAUUAGCAAGGAUGGUGGUGUGCUUUUAAAAGAUGACUUUAAAGGUGGAGCAACAUGGGCUUAUGAAGUUGGUUCAACAUCUAUGGUCUGCCCCAUCAUAGUCGAGGAUCUGAACCAGCCCCAACAAAUGCUUGUGGAGAUGCUUUGUGAAGAACAGGGUUUGUUUUUAGAAAUAGCUGAUGUAAUUAGAGGGCUCGGGUUAACCAUUUUGAAGGGGCUUAUGGAAAGUUGCAAGGACAAGAUCUGGGCACGCUUUGUUGUUGAGGCAAACAGGGACGUGACGAGGAUGGAAAUUUUUAUCUCGCUCGUUCGACUCCUGGAGAAAACUGCAAAAAGUGGUGACAUUGCACCUUUCAAUGACAGUAGCAACGACAUCAUGAUGGUUCAUCAAUUUCAGGAAGCAGCCUCUAUUCCUGCAACUGGUAGAUCCCAUGGUUAG